AAUUUCCUGCUGUGAGAUGAAAGGCGAGCAAUGAAGUUGAUACAUAAGCAUAUCGAAAAGGACCGGUCGGGACAAGUCACUUUACUUCCGGAAGAAGCGGAGGAUAUGUGGCAUGCGUACAACCUGAUCGCCAAAGAUGAUUAUCUCAAGAGCACUACGAUUCGGAGAGUUGUAUCGGAAACAGCCACCGGAAGUACGGACAAGUCGACUGUUCGUACAGUGCUCACAAUACGAGUUGAGGAGGUGGACUUUGAUACACAAGCAUGCAUGCUCAGAGUAUCGGGGAGGAAUGUCGUUGAGAACAAGUUUGUGAAGAUGGGGGCCUACCACACCAUCGAUCUCGAGCUCAACCGCAACUUCACCCUAGCAAAAGUUGAAUGGGACGUGAUCUCGCUCGAACGUAUUGAUGACGCCUGCAACAUUGCGAACAGAGCAGACGUCGCCGCGGUAGUGCUUCAAGAGGGCCUUGCAAAUCUAUGCCUUGUAACGCAAAAUAUGACCAUUGUCCGACAACGCAUCGAAACCAAUAUACCACGAAAACGGAAGGGAUCGACUACAAAUCAUGAUAAAGGCAUGACAAGAUUCUUUGAACAGGUUUAUCAAGCUAUUUUGCGGCAUGUAAAUUUCGAUAUUGUAAAGGUCUUGAUUAUAUCUAGCCCUGGUUUUGUCAAGGACGCGCUAUACCAAUAUAUAUUCGCCACAGCUAUCCGAACCGACAAUAAAACCAUUUUGGAAAACCGUUCUAAAUUCCUGCUCGUAUACUGCUCCUCGGGUCAAAAGCAUGCUCUGACCGAAGUCUUGCAGCAGCCUUCCGUUCAAUCACAACUAAGCGACACGAAAUAUGCUACCGAAGUCCGGAGCCUCGAUCGUUUCUACCAAAUGCUUGCAAACGAUCCCGAUAGAGCGUUUUAUGGAUUCAAGCAUGUGUGCUUGGCUGCUGAGCGGGGUGCGGUGGAUACACUGAUGGUUACCGAUGAACUGUUCAGAUCAGCAGAUAUUCCUACUCGCCGCAAAUAUAUUGCGUUAGUGGAACAAGUGAGAUCAACGGGCGGAUCGGUCCUCAUUUUCUCGUCAUUGCACACAUCUGGGGAGCAGUUGAAUCAGUUGACGGGAGUAGCGGCCACAUUACACUUCCCACUACCGGAUAUAGAAGAGAUUGCAGAGGAGGAGGAGGAAGCUGCGCGGCGGGCCGCAGACGGCAAUGUCGAUGAAGACCUUGAGAAUGAUUUUGUGGAUAGAGAUUUAACCACUGCUGUAUGACCAA